CGCUUUAAAAUUUUAAAUUUAUAAUUCAUCUUCCCCAUGCUGCCCAAAACCCUAACCCUCCGACCUCCUGUUAUCCGGCUGCUUUCCUGAUGGGCGUUCCUCGAUUGACAGUCCGCGUCUCCAACAUUCCCCGCACAGCAAUCGCGGAGGAGUUGCUGAGCUUCUUCGAGUCCGUCGUCGGCCCGGUUUUCGCCUGCGAGAUCGCGUCCGCUCACAGGAACUGGAUGUCUCUGGGCUUCGGCCGAGUCCAGUUCAAGUGCCUGGCCGCCGCGGAGAACGCCUGCUUCCUCUACUCCAAAGGCCUGCUUCCAGUAUUCCAGCGCUCCAAUCUUGCUGUCUUUCCCUCGCCUGAAGACAUCCUCCCAAGGGCUGUUGAUGCAAGCAACCGCAUCAGUGGAGGAAUUCUCCACGCCGGAAUCUUGGGCGAGGGGCAGAUGGAGGUCUUCACUUCGUGGGAGGGGGUCGUGCUGGAGUUCAUGCCUGAGAGGAAGAAGAUGGAGAUAUUUCUAGAGGAUGGUAGAGAAAGUUACAAGCUUGUGGUGAUGUUUGAAGAUAUCACUGCUAGCCAUGGGUGCUGCCUUGGAGGAGGAGGAGGGCGGUUGAAUUCUAUUCUGGUGCAGCUCAAGUUUGCACCGAGAAUCUAUCAAAGGGUAUCUGACGCAAAGUUGAAACCAAAAUUCACUAGUGAUCGCUAUCAUAUCUGCGAAGAAAGUUUUCCAUUUGUUUGGCUAAGGACAUCAGAUUUCUCAUUAACUAAUGCACUUGGCUCAUCUUCGUACUUCUGUCUGGAACUUGAAAAUGGUCUGUAUAUUUCUGACAUAUUCAUGAAUUUUCCCUACUAUUCUGAAAUGGGGGAAGUUAUCCUCAGUAAAAAAGAAGCAUUAUGUUCCCUGUCAAAACUAGUUCCGAUUAUUGGCUGUUCUGAUAAAGCUGUGUUGGCAUAUGAUAUGCUUUUCCAGCUCAAUUCUCUGGUCCAUACACAGAAGAUUUCUCUCUUACAUUCCCCUGACAUCAUUGAUAUUCUUAGAAAAGAAGAUUCAGACACAAUUCUAAAAAUUUUUAUGAAAAUGCACAAGUUCAAAUCGACCUGCUCCAAUCCAGUAGAAUUUCUUGAACGUGAACUGCUGAACAUGCGAAGAAAUCAGAAAGCUAUACCAGCUAAUAAUCAAAGUCUUUCACAAAAUUUAAUGAGGUGCUACCGAGCUCUCAUUACUCCAUCAAAAGUUUACUUCUUAGGCCCUGAACUGGAAAAUUCCAAUUAUGUGAUAAAACACUUUUCUGCAUAUUCUUCUGAUUUUCUUAGGGUUUCAUUUGUUGAUGAAGACUGGGGUAAACUUUCUUCUGAUGCUCUUUCAGCAAGGAUUGAACAGGGAUUUACUUCCAAGGCAUACAAAACUGGUAUAUAUGAUCGAAUAUUAUCUAUUCUCCAAGAUGGUAUUAUUAUUGGGUCAAAGAAGUUUGAAUUUUUAGCAUUUUCUGCUAGUCAGCUUCGGGCAAACUCUUGUUGGAUGUUCUCUUCAAAUUGUGACGUUACUGCAGAGAGCAUUAGAAAUUGGAUGGGUGAUUUCAACAAGAUUCGUAGUGUGUCUAAAUGUGCGGCUAGAAUGGGCCAGCAGUUCAGCUCCUCCUUUCCAGCAAUGUGCAUCGAAUCUAAAGAUGUUGACAUUAUUGAUGAUAUUUAUUGUGAUGCUGAUGGCAUUAAAUAUUGCUUUUCAGAUGGCAUAGGUAAAGUAUCAUUAUCCCUUGCUGAACAAAUCGCUCAAAGAUUUGGAAUGAACAGAACUCCUUCAGCAUUCCAAAUUAGAUAUGGAGGUUACAAGGGUGUUAUAGCUGUUGAUCAAACUUCUUUUCGCAAGCUGUCGUUGAGGCCUAGCAUGUUAAAGUUUGACUCAAAAAAUACAAUGGUUAAUAUUACUAGUUAUAGUAAGUACUUGCCAUCCUUUCUGAAUCGUGAAAUAAUUUCCCUCCUUUCUACGUUGGGAGUUGAGGAUGGAGUUUUUGAAGCGAUGCAACAUUAUCAAAUGUCUCUUUUGGACAAUAUGUUAAUGGAUAAGGAUGCUGCCCUGGAAGUUAUUAGCAAAAUAUCUGGACCUGAAAAAGAAAAGGCUGAAAAUUUAUUAUUGCGUGGUUAUGAACCAAGUUCACUGCCUUACCUUUCCAUGUUGCUUAGAGCGUAUCGAGCAUACCAGCUCUCUGAUAUAAGAAGCAGAUGCCGGAUUUUUGUCCCAAAAGGUCGGAUCCUUAUUGGCUGUCUAGAUGAAUCUGGCACUUUAGACUAUGGCCAAGUUUUUCUCAGGGUGACCAUGACAAAAGAAGAGCAAAAGAAUAAAAGUCAAACUUUUUUUAAGGACGCCGAUCAUGCAACUGUGGUCAUAACUGGAAGAGUUGUUGUGACAAAGAAUCCUUGCCUCCACCCUGGUGACAUUAGGGUACUUGAGGCUAUUUGUGAUCCACAGUUGGAUGAGAUGGGGCUGGUUGAUUGCCUCGUCUUCCCCCAAAAGGGUGAAAGGCCACAUCCAAAUGAGUGCUCUGGUGGAGAUUUAGAUGGUGACUUGUAUUUUGUAUCUUGGGAUGAAAGACUUGUGCCACUGCAGACUGAUCCGCCAAUGGAUUAUAUUGGACUUAGGCCACGUCUUCAGGAUCAUGAAGUCACAUUGGAGGAAAUCCAUAAAUUCUUUGUGGAUUAUAUGAUCAAUGAUAACCUUGGUGCCAUAUCAACUGCUCAUCUUGUUUAUGCCGACUCUGAACCGCUUAAGGCUCGAAGCCCCAAAUGCCUACAGCUUGCAAACCUUCACUCCAUGGCUGUUGAUUUUGCCAAGACUGGAGUUCCAGCUGAGAUGCCCAGAAUUCUAAGACCAAAGGAAUUUCCUGAUUUCAUGGAAAGAUGGGAUAGAUCCAUGUAUACCUCCAAAGGUGUUCUAGGAAAACUCUAUAGAUCUGCCACAGCUCAUCAAAAUAAAGAGACUUCUAAUACUUUCUGGUCUGAAGAACUUGCAGCUGCUUCAUAUGACAAUGAUCUUGAAGUUGAAGGCUUUGAAAUGUUCUUAAAACCUGCGGAAGAUUACUAUAAUCAGUACGCCGAAAAGUUGAGCUUCUUGAUGAAUUAUUUCGGAGCAGUGCAUGAAGAUGAGAUACUUACAGGUUAUGUGCGAAGCGGCGGCCCAUCAUAUGUUUUGAGGGAUAAGAAGAAAUUUGGGGAUAUUGCUGAUAGGAUUAUGAUUGCAGUAAAGAGUUUGCAUCAGGAGGUCAAGAGUUGGUUCAGCAGCUGCCGUGAGAGUGAGUCGCUGAAGAUGGCCUCUGCUUGGUAUCACAUAACCUGUCAUCCAAAAUAUUGGUCCUCAAACAAGUUUCUUAGCUUUCCAUGGAUAAUUUGGGAUGUUUUGUUGAAUAUUAAAGAUUCCAAGAGUUCUAGGGGAAGAGGAACAAAGGAAGGCACUCUGUGAAAUCCAAUAACAAAGCACUUCACAUCUGGUGCCACAAUUUGAUAUCCUAUAUUAUUGUAGUCAUCUGCAGCAAUUUUUUGUCAAAUAAUGGUGAGUGUAUGCUCGUAAAUAUCAAUGCAGGAAUUUUAUAGGUACCUAGCAGGUUCCAAUAUUCUGACAGAAGGACUCGUCCAAGAUAGUCAUAUCGCCUGCUUACGCGACUUAUCCAAAUCUGCCAAAAUCAAAGAGUCAUCCUUAGCACACAAUAUUAGAAAAAUUAUAUAGUAUCUUCCAAACAGUAAAGAGGCACUUAUCUUGGUUGUGAUCAACAUUCUGAGGUCGUUUGUCUUUGAAAGAACCAUUAAGCUCUCAUUGACAUCUCUCAAUCCAACUACAGGAAGUGCACAAAGCAUGGUUCAAUGGUUAUGACUCCCUAGACUCAAACGGUCCUCUUAGCUUACAAUCAUCAUCACUCCGAAGGACUCGACCUUUACAUUUGGCUGUCAAAAUAAUCCUUAGGAACUCGCCUCUCCGUGAAGCGCACUCGUUCACACAGACUUAAUCCUAUAUGAUUUUUUUCCAGAAGACUUGUUCAGCACACUCAUGGAUGAAAACAUGCCCAGAGGAUUCAACCUGUGACCAAGAGCUAUAUUAAAAAUCAUUCAAGCAUUUGCUAGCUCAUGUCACAUGCAUAUAUAUAUAUAUAUAUAUAUAUUUAUAGUCUUUAAUGAUCGUUAUUAAAUAUUGUAUUUGUAUUUUUAUCUUUUAAUUGUGUAUAGCGUUUUUUAUAGUCCUUCAAAUCUUAUAAAUAAGAAAUGAUGAGGUACAUUAAAGAUCUUUUGGUUAC